ACAACAAGAAGCAGGAGCCAGGCAACAUGGCCGACCUGGGGAAGAAGUACUGCGUUUACUGCCUUACAGAUGUUACAAACCUGCGGCUUCGCUGCACCGACUGCCCCGAUAUAGAGCUGUGUCCGGAGUGCUUCUCGGCGGGCGCAGAAAUCGGUAAUCACCGGAGAUGGCACGGCUACCAGCAGGUCGACGGCGGUCGCUUCACUCUCUGGGGUCCCGACGCAGAGGGAGGAUGGACCAGCAGGGAAGAGCAGUCGCUGCUCGAUGCUAUCGAGCAAUAUGGAUUUGGAAACUGGGAGGACAUGGCCGCUCACGUUGGAGCAUCCCGAACUCCUCAGGAAGUCAUGGAACACUAUGUCACCAUGUACAUCCACGGAAACCUGGGCAAGGCCUGCAUCCCUGACAACAUUCCCAACCGGGUGACAGACCACACCUGCCCAAGCGGGGGGCCCCUGUCGCCGAGCCUCACCACGCCGCUGCCUCCGCUGGACAUCAGCCUGGCGGAGCAGCAGCAGCUGGGCUACAUGCCCCUACGGGACGACUACGAGAUCGAAUAUGACCAGGACGCAGAGAAGCUCAUCAGCGGGCUGUCUGUGAACUACGACGACGAGGAUGUCGAAAUUGAAAUGAAGCGUGCCCACGUGGACAUGUAUGUGCGUAAGCUCCGAGAACGCCAGCGACGUAAGAACGUCGCCCGAGACUACAACCUGGUGCCUACGUUCCUGGGCCGGGACAAGAAAGACAAGGAGAAGGAGAAACCGGGAGCACUGGGAGUCACAGGCACUGCUGGUGGUGUGGGUGGAGCAGCAGCCGGCGGCGGCACUGCUGGAUCAGGCUCUACGACAGCAGCGGGACCAGGUCCUGUUCCCAGCACGCCCAAAAGAAAGAUCACCAAGGAAGAGAAGGAGCAGCGGGUCAGACUGCGGGGGCUCUGCCAGUUCAUGGCCACACGGGAGUUUGAAGACUUGUUUGAGAACAUGCAUAAAGAACGCGUGCUCAGGGCCAAGGUGCGCGAGCUGCAGCGCUACCGCCGCAACGGCAUCGCGCGCCUGGAGGAGUCUGCCGAAUACGAAGCGGCGCGCCACAAACGGGAGAAACGUAAGGAGAACAAAAGCGUGGUCACCUCCAAACGGGGCAGCGGAGGAGGGGGCGGGCUCGGCUCAGGGAUGGGACUCGGGGUUGGAGCUGGAGUGGGAGGAGGCAUUGCUGGAGGACUGGGGGCUGGCGGGGGGAUCAAAGAGGAGGGAAAGGAUGGCGAGUUUGCCGCCAUCGAGAAUCUGACAGGCUUCGAGCUGCUGUCGGACAGGGAGAAGGUGCUGUGUAACUCUCUGAAUCUGAGCCCAGCACGCUACCUGACUGUCAAAACCAUCAUCAUCAAAGAUCACCUGCAGAAGAGGCAAGGCAUCCCGGCCAAGAGCCGGCUGCCCAGCUACCUGGACAAGGUCCUCAAGAAGCGCAUUCUCACCUUCCUCACGGAAAGUGGCUGGAUAUCCCGAGACGCCUCGUAGCCAUCCGUCUCAGCUCAGGAAGUCAAGAGUUGAGGAUUGCUGAUAGCUGAUUUGCUAUGCGCUCCAUAGGCAGGACAAAACUACUGGCAUAUAUUUUUUUUUUUUUGUCAAAAGUGAUCUUGUGAAUAUGUACAUUGCAAAGAAAGAGGAUGCCCCACUGGAAAAAAGAAAGUAUAUUUUCAUACCAGGGCUAGGAACAAAAAUAAGCCAUUAUUUUUACAUUUGGAAAGGGACGGGGCUGAAAAACUACUCAGUGGGUUCAAAGUACUUAGUGUCCAUAUUCUUACUACAGUACAUGAAUGAGAACUACAAUGCUAACAAGUUAUACGUAGUGGUGGAGAUAUUUUAGUGUUGUUGCAUCAGGAUCAUUGAAGAUUUCAAAUCCUAACAUUGACAGGGCAGAUCCACGCUGAACAGAAGGGGCAAUAAGAUGCGACCAUUCCCUGGAGUGUUGAAGAGUAGUUGUUGUCAUGGUGAAUGGCUGACAGCAUGGCACUGAUGGCUGACACAAAUGGUCACUGUUGUUGUAGAUGUAGUUGUAGAACUCGCCCUAAUGUGGUCCACUUUGUUAGCUGUUUCAUCGGGUAAAGCUGGACUUUAUAGAAAGAGCUAGCUGAUUGGAAUUUUCUAACAUUUGAAGGCCUUAAUUCCUAGAAAAUGACGUGCAUCUUCAGUGAACUCUCAAUUCUCUGACUUAUGUUUUUUUCCUUCAUACUGCCGACAAGAGAAGGAAAAGACAAAGCAGCAGGGUUCAACCAUCGUCUGACUUUUCUUGCUGCUGCCUGAAGGCAGUUUGUAUCAGGGUCGGACACGGAGGCUGGUAUAGAGCUAGACCCACAUAUCUGCUGGUGUUAGCUCAUCACUGAUGUAUCAGCACGUAUGUCAGCCAAUAAGCAACAAGACAUACAAGUAAAGAAAUGCCAAAGACUAUUACAAUAUAAUUUAGAGACAGUGUUGUCAUUACACAGUCUGUCCACCAGAGAGUGCUGCUGGCAAGUAAACUGUCCCGCGCACUACAUUUCUAGGUCACAAUUCUUAUCCUAGGAUCCUUAUCAUAAAUACUCAUUUGUUAUAUUUAUGGUAUAAAAAAAAAGAAUAUCUGUAUUUAAAGCCCCUGAAUUAUUUCUUCUGACAUUUCGUAUUUAACAUAUUCAUGCUAAGUGAGCAACAAUCCAGGUUAAAAGACAUCUUUAGGUAUUAUUUAUUCUGUUAUUUUAACACUUCAAACCCCAGCUAGCCUGCUCCAUGAGGACUGUCAGUCACUUUAAUCCCAUGUGAUCAACAGUAACCAUUACUAACCCACUACUCAUCAGAGCUGGCCGAGAGAAGAACUUGUUUAUGGCGUUUGAAUAUCUAUAUAUGCAUUGGUUU